UCCGCGGAGCGCACGGCGGAGGGGCACGGUGGCGCCCGCGGUGGCCCGGCGAGGGGGGGCUCGGCCCCGGCUCGGCCCAACGCGCCGCCGGCACGGCGCCAAUCACGGCUCCGAGGGCAGCAGGGCCGCCGCCCUGAGAUUUCAUCAGAUAUGACUAUGAAUAUCCUAGUGUAGCCCAAAGGAAGGACAUGAUGUCAGAAUAACAUACAGAACAAUUGUGAGGGCAAGUCCAGAGAACCAUGCAGUCAUCGGGGCACAGAUUCCGUGAUGUUGAGCACCACCCACUUCUUGCUGAAAAUGACAGCUAUGAUUCCUCUUCCUCAGAGGCCGACAUGGCAGAGAGGGUUUGGUUCAUCCGAGAUGGCUGUGGUAUGGUCUGUGCUAUAAUGACGUGGCUUCUGGUUGUCUAUGCAGACUUCGUAGUGACUUUUGUCAUGCUGCUGCCUUCCAAAGACUUUUGGUACUCUGUGAUCAACGGUGUUCUCUUUAACUGCUUGGCAGUGCUAGCUUUGUCAUCACAUCUGAGAACCAUGCUAACCGAUCCAGGAGCUGUACCCAAAGGAAAUGCCACUAAAGAGUACAUGGAUAAUUUGCAACUAAAACCAGGAGAAGUGAUCUACAAAUGUCCGAAGUGCUGUAGUAUCAAACCUGAACGUGCACACCAUUGCAGCAUUUGCAAACGAUGUAUUCGAAAGAUGGAUCACCACUGCCCUUGGGUGAAUAACUGUGUGGGGGAGAAGAAUCAGAGAUUUUUUGUUUUGUUUACGAUGUAUAUAGCCCUAAUUUCAGCUCAUGCGCUCAUACUGUGUGGGUUUCAGUUUUUCUCCUGUGUCCGAGGGCAGUGGACUGAAUGCAGUGACUUCUCUCCACCUGUAACUGUGAUCCUGAUGAUCUUCUUGUGCCUUGAGGGUUUUCUGUUUCUCACUUUCACUGCAGUCAUGUUUGGCACCCAAAUCCACUCCAUAUGCAAUGAUGAAACGGAGAUCGAAAGACUGAAGAGUGAAAAGCCAACGUGGGAGCGGAGGCUGCGAUGGGAAGGAAUGAAAUCUGUUUUUGGGGGUCAGCCUUCACUCCUGUGGAUUAAUCCUUUUGCAGGAUUUAGGAUCAGACAAAUCCUACUGAGAUCGAAGAAAGGAGGACCUGAAUUUUCUGUUUGAGUCUAGUUAUGCUGGAACUUGCAAGAAUACUAUAUAAUAUUUAUUUGGGGCCAGAAAAGGCUGUCUACAUAUAAUCUGUGACCAGGUGAAACUGAUACCAGACAUUUGCUUGUAGCAAGCAGAGUUUUAUACGUUUAUCGUCACAGACAUCUCAUUAACUUUCAGAGACACAAACUGGAUCUGUAAUGGUCUUAACAGCAAGAUAACAUAGAAAAAAAAGCACGUGGUCACACUAAAGAAGCCAAAUGUUGUCAUGCUACUGUAAUUUAUUUUUUGAGAUUAAUUAUGCUUUUUUUUGUUAAACCCUUUUUAUUUGAUAAAUGUUUGGGGAAUUACCAGUGUGUUUUUAUAAAAAUUAUAUACUUAAGUGCAGUUGUCAAUCAUAAGGAGAAGCAUUCUGGUGAAAGGUGAUCUCAAAUGAGACCCAGCCUUCUAAAUCCAGUUUUCAGGGAAUAGUGGUUUGUUCAGUUUUGAUUUAUAUUUCAGCUUGUCCUAAUAAAUGGAGCUAUACUUUUGUGUCCCACCUCAGACACACAUUCUUCAUAUGCAAGUGAUUCAAGGGACUUGUGCACACGACAGCAUAACAUGUCAGAGGCACUAUUACACCCCUGCCAAAUGUCUUCCCAGGCUCACAGCAUGUCUUGUGUUUGGCAGUAUUAAUCUCGUGUGGCAUUUAGGUAAGUUCUGAGUCUUCAGUAAAUGACACUUAACAGCUGAGAGCAGAAUUCUGCCCUCAGAUAUGCAUCUUCAAUCCUUGUGCAUUGAUUCUAGAGGAACUUAUGUAUGUAGGUGUUCUGAGGUUUGUAUCUUGUCCUCUGAGCAGGGAUAACUGGGGCCAGUGACUGUUAAAAUGAAAAAUACUGCAGAUUGGCAUCAAUCUACUGAGAGCAGUCGUCUUUGUAAGGUCUUGUUCUGCUCCUUUUUUUCGUUGUUUGGAUUAUUCAUGAGGGGAACACUGUUAAUUCAUGGUCCCAUGAGCAAAAUGGUCCCAUGAGCAGAGAAAUGGGAAGAAUGAGGGAGGUUCCUUUAGUGCUGACACAGCUUCCCUCUUUCUCAAGUACAACAUGUCUUCAAAGUAGAAAAAUCUGCAAUAAAAGGGAUUAAUUUCAAUUUUACCAUCUUCCAUCCAAAAUUGCUUUCAAGAGAAGAGAACAGUCUAGAUCUAGAACUGCUUUAUGUGGGCCUGACAAACAACAGUAGUGCUCAGAAACGUUUGUAAGCCUGCAAGUAAUGAAAUGCAAAUUGCCAGUAAUGAAAUUUAACUGCAGGUGGAUUCUUGAACAAUUAAAACUCUUUUUUCCUUCUAGAAGUUACUGACGAUACAAAGGAUAAAACAGGAGCCUUGAUGCAGAGCUUGAAAUCGUGCCUAGAAAGUAAUUUGCUCCCUGUUCUGGGACUUGCCUUAAAAUUGUCCUGUUCUUGCUUUUGCUUUGCAAGUUGCACUGAUGAUCUGUCCCACUUCAAGCAGUUCAGUGUGCUGGAGAAUCUUAUGCCAGUAAGUUUACUUACCACAGGGGUUGUGCUUCCUUUCUUCAGUGACCUGCUUCUCCAUUUCUAGCUGUCUGUGGCCUCUCAUUUCGUCAGGUUUCAUACUAUUGUGUGAGUAAACUUACCAAUGGGUCCCUUUCUUACCAACCACCCUGCAAAACAAACAGAACUGUGCAGUACUGUGCAGUACGUUCAGUUUGCUUGGGGGAGAUGGUGUGUAAGUCUGGAGAGUGGGCACUGGGUGGACACAGCCAUUGAAACUGCAGCCAGCUGAACAAAGCUGUAUCUCACACAAGUGAAGGGGAAGGCAGAAGUUCCACGAGAAUCUUUGCAUAUUCAGUUGCACAUCUUAAAUGCUGGGGAAAAAAAAAUAAUGUCUGGCUUUGUCAUGAGGCUCUCAAUGUGUAUAUUGUUUAAUAAAAUAUCCUGAUGAGAAUCAGAAACUAUCACUUCAAACGGAUGAACUCUGUGACUUAGCAAGUGUGUGCGUGUGUGAAAUCAGGUUUACUUGGCUUUUCAAACCCUUGUAAUUUUUUAAUGUAAAGAAAGAAAUAAAGUAAUUAAUUGAAGUCUUAAA